AGCGCGCGGCGCCGCCCGGCCAAGAACCGGAAACUUCGAGACAAAGUUCUGAGCCCCGCCCCCCCCGCCCCGCCGUGGAACUGCAGACGGCCAGACCCGACCCGUCCGGAACGACGUUCCGGCCCGGCUCUCGCGUGCGCCAUGUCUGGUUCCUCCAGUGUCGCCGCUAUGAAGAAAGUGGUGCAGCAGCUCCGGCUGGAGGCCGGGCUCAACCGCGUGAAGGUUUCCCAGGCUGCUGCAGAUUUGAAACAGUUCUGUCUGCAGAAUGCUCAGCAUGACCCCCUGCUGACUGGAGUGUCUUCAAGUACGAAUCCCUUCAGACCCCAGAAAGUUUGUUCCUUUUUGUAGAUAAAAUCUUUGGAAGAUUCCCCCGUUUUCAUGAAGCAGAAUAUUCAGCGGAAUUAAAGCCUGUACAGAAGCUUAUCCAUAACGUGUGCCAUACUAUAAACUUAAACUUUUGUGCUUUAACAUCUACCUCUGAAUUUUCAUGAAUUUCUAUUUCAAAAGGGUAAUUAUUUUAUAUACAGCAGCAUACAAUAAAAUACUUAAAUUGUUUUGCAUAUUGUUACUAAAUACCCAUUAUUUGUUUUGAUAAGAUACAUGUUAAUUUGGAAUUAAGUUUUUGUUCCUCUUACAACAUGUCAAACACUUAGAAGGUGCUAGAAAAUUAAAGGUAAAUUGCAAAUUUUUUUUUUAAAGUCAGGGAGAGGUUGCUAAUAAUCUCUUCACAAGUUACAGAGUUCACUUUUAUUAUUUCUGAUAAAAAGUUCUAUCAAGGACAGUAGUAGAAAGUGGAUGUAUGAUGCAUUGAGAUACUAAUUAAUAAUAUAAGGAACCAAAUUUAAUAAUUUCCAACUUGGUUUCAUCAGUUUUACAUUUCUGUGCUCAAGGAUCACUUUUGGCAGGCUCUGGGGAUUAUAUGGGGUGAUAGGGAUGGAAGGCAGGUGGGCCACAUGUAAAAGCAAGUGCCCUAACUGCUGUAGCCCCAGCUUCUGAAAGAUUUAAGGGAAUUUUUGAAGCCUGACCUCUGUUAUAUAUUUAAGGAACAACAAACAGUGCCUUACUCAAGAUCUGUUUUGUAUAAAACCAGUGGGUUACAUAAAAUUUACCAAGCACUUAAAAUCUCUAGCCCAAAUAGUCUCUUAAAGUCUUGAUUUUGUGUGCCUGCCAAGG